UUUCUCCCUCCCUCUCUCACACAACCACAGACAGCCACAGACAUGGCUGACAGAGUUCGUGAGGAGAGAUACGGGUAAUUUUGCAUAUUUAAUCUCUUGGCAGGUUUGAGGUGUAUGCUUCUGACGGAUAUGAAGACGACUGCGUUUUUUGGUGUAAGUCGCAGGUUAAAUAGUUGGGGAUGGGAGAGGCUCUGAUGCUGGCAGCACCAUUACUGUGAAAUAAACUCCAAACUCAGAAGAUAUACCAAAGCACUACAGAAGGCUACAAAAUGUCCAAAAGCAAGAGCUCUGAAUCCGUUAAGGUAGUGGUGCGUUGUCGCCCCAUGAAUGAGAAGGAGCGAGUCGCCAACUUCGAUAGAGUGGUCUCUGUGGAUGUGAAGUUAGGGCAAGUGGCCGUGCGCAACCCUCGAGCUGCAUCCUCCCAUGAGCACCCCAAAGUGUUCACCUUCGAUUCCGUUUAUGACUGGAAUUCAAAGCAGAUGGAGCUCUACGAUGAGACUUUCCGCCCAUUGGUAGACUCUGUACUGUUCGGCUUCAAUGGGACCAUCUUUGCAUACGGCCAGACGGGCACCGGAAAGACUUUCACAAUGGAAGGGGUACGAAACGACCCCGACAGGAGGGGUGUCAUUCCGAACUCCUUUGAGCACAUUUUUACGCACAUCUCCCGCUCUCAGAACCAGCAGUACUUGGUCAGGGCUUCAUACUUGGAGAUUUAUCAAGAAGAAAUCAGGGACCUCUUAUCGAAGGACCAGAUGCACCGAUUGGAGCUCAAAGAAAGGCCUGAUACGGGCGUCUACGUUAAAGACCUCUCUUCUUUUGUUACUAAAAGCGUUCGUGAGAUUGAGCAUGUGAUGAAUGUGGGGAACCAGAACCGAUCGGUUGGUGCAACUAACAUGAAUGAGCACAGCUCUCGCUCUCACGCCAUCUUUGUCAUCACCGUUGAGUGCAGUGAGUUGGGUCCCGAUGGAGAGAACCACAUUCGGGUUGGGAAACUCAACCUCGUUGACCUGGCAGGAAGUGAACGACAGACCAAAACUGGAGCGCAGGGUGAGCGCUUGAAAGAAGCCACCAAAAUCAACCUCUCCUUGUCAGCUUUGGGCAAUGUCAUCUCAGCGCUGGUGGACGGGAGAAGCACCCACAUCCCGUACCGUGACUCUAAGCUUACGAGGCUGCUGCAGGAUUCCUUGGGUGGAAAUGCCAGGACGGUUAUGGUGGCCAACAUCGGACCUGCUUCCUACAAUGUGGAGGAGACUCUGACCACGCUACGCUAUGCAAACCGCGCCAAAAACAUCAAGAACAAACCCCGCGUCAAUGAAGACCCCAAGGACGCCCUGCUCCGGGAGUUUCAGGAGGAGAUCGCCCGCUUGAAAGAACAGUUGGAGAAAAGGUCUGGCAAGAAGAGGAGAAAAAGGAGGAGGAGGAGGGUUGGAGAGGGAGGAGAGGAGUUAGAGGAUGGGGAGGAUUUUGAUGAUGAGGACGAUGAUGAGGACGACGAAGAGGAAGAAAUGGGUGCGGAUAAGAACAUCUCUGAUUAUUGGCGUGAGCAACAGGAGAAACUGGAGAAGGAGAGGAGGGCCAUCAUGGAGGACCACAGCCUGGUGGCAGAGGACAAACAGCGGCUGCUGAAAGAGAAGGAGAGAAAGAUGGACGAUCUUCGCAGAGAGAAGGACGCUUCCGAGAUGCUGACGGCCAAAGUUAAGGCCAUGGAGAGCAAGCUGCUGGUGGGAGGGAAGAACAUCGUUGACCACACCAAUGAGCAGCAGAGGAUUCUGGAGCUGAAGAGACAGGAGAUCGCUGAACAGAAAAGGCGGGAACGGGAGAUGAAGCAGGAAAUAGAGUGUCGUGAUGAAGAUACACUGGAGUUGAAAGAGACGUACAGCUCACUGCAGCAGGAAGUGGACAUCAAGACCAAGAAACUGAAAAAGCUCUUUUCCAAGCUCCAGUCCGUGAAGGCGGAGAUUCAGGAUGCCCAGGAUGAACAUGUCAAAUACAGGCAGGAGCUGGAGCAGACUCAGAACGAGCUGACCAGAGAACUCAAACUCAAACAUCUGAUUAUCGAGAACUUCAUCCCACUGGAGGAGAAGAGCAAGAUUGUGACUAGAGCCACUUUUGACGAGGAAGAUGACCUCUGGAAAAUGACCCCUAUCACCCGCAUUCAAAAUGAUCAGCAGAUGAUGAAAAGGCCUGUUUCUGCAGUCGGCUACAGACGGCCUCUGAGUCAGCAUGCCCGUAUGGCCAUGUUGAUGCGGCCUGAUGUCAGAUACAAGGCUGAGAACAUCCUGCUGCUGGAGUUGGAUUUGCCCACACGUACCACAAAAGACUACGAGGGACCGGUGAUAGCACCUAAAGUGGCUGCGGCUCUGGAGGACGCUCUGAGAGAGGAGGACGAAAUCCAGGUGGACGCCUCUGGCCUCCGUGCCAGCCUUGGCUCCAGUCCAGGCCUCAGCGCCACCGCUGCUGGGUUUUCCAAGAAACCAAAGUCAGGCCGCCCAAAAACUGGCAAGAAGGUGAGCACUCCAACUUCAGCUCACAGCCCUUUGUCCGGCUCAGGGUCCCCUCUUUACCCACAAUCUCGAGGCCUUGUGCCUAAGUGACCCCGGCCUUCGCUGCUACGUAUGAACUAACCAGCUUUGGCAUCAAUGCUCUUAAAUGCCAGGCAAAAUCAGUUGCAUUAAAGACGGUGGAACGUCUCAUCGAGCUCCUCCUGGUGUGGCAUUUAAACCAAUCGGCCUCCACUUAAUGCUUGAUCUUUCAUACCACCUUGUUUUUAGAUGUCCUUUUGACGUCAUAUUUAUCGCACAAAAAAAAGUUACAUUUGGCAACCUUCAAAGUCUUAAAGCUCACCUCAAGAUGACCUUCCACAGAUUUAGAUUGCACUUGAACAAAAUGUUACAUGUGUGUAUGUGUGAGGUCAUUGAGACAGCAGAUGGUCUCGGCAUUGUGACCAAAUGUGUUAGAUUCGUCAUUGUGUGUAUGCUUUUGUGUGUGUCUACCUUUUCCAUUUGUGGGAAUAACGUUUCCCACAAAAAAGUAGUCGAAGACGAUAUUGUUGAGGGAGCUUAAGGACAUUUUGCGAUUGCCCGAGACCCAAACAACUUCUAAGCCUUUCUCAAAGACUAUUUGAGUCUCUUUGGCUGUGGGAAGGGUCGCUGUAUCCAGUUAAGAAAGGAUUUGGGAAGUUUGAAGGUCAUCACACACUAAGAUUAUCAGGGUUCCAAGGUGCCUUAGAUUCUCAUUGAGUACAUAAGGGGGUCUCCUGGUGGGCUGAGAGUCCCUUGACCUGAAGAACCUGUAAUCCAGUCAACAUCCCCCAGUGGAUGUUUCCUGAAUGCUUUGAUUUACACUAUAAGUCUGUUGUGUUGGGCAGGCUUGUAUUUAAUGGUUAAAUGUUACACACAGAGAUCUGUAAACAUGAGGAAGUCUUAUAUCGGUCUGUAAAAUUGUCAAACCGUCACUAGCCCUCCUUGAACUAGUGAAGGUAAUACCAAUGCCUGCUGCUGCUGUAGGGUUCUUUUACCCCGUGUCAUAGCAUACGGCUUAUGUAUAUUGAGAGAUGUUAGUAAAUAAAUCUGCAUUACUAUUGCAGUUGUAUUAAAAUAGUAAUAAAAAAAGAAUAAUAAAUGCGUCUGGGAGUGACAUUUAAAAGGCUAACUUGUUAGCAUACUCGUUGGUUUUAUAUUCAAGCAAUUGUAGAUAGUUUUUAACAGUUGUUUUCUUUGCUUAGAUUUAUAUGGUUUAUUUUGGAAUUUUUGUAUUUAAAGUUCUGUACAAAUUUAUUUUUGCAUUCGAGAUUUAAGUAUAAUUUCCAUGUGAUUUACUAAAUUCUUCUGUUUUAAGCAGAUUAAAUUAAAUAGUAAACCGU